AUGUCGCAUAUUGAACGCGAGCACCCCGAGUUCGUUCACUUCGACGCCUUGGACCCAGCUACCCAACAAAGUGUAAUCGCGUCGUCCACCCCCAAGCCAGUGCAAGCAGUCCAUGGCUGGCUGACAUGGAUUACGGCGUCUCUGAUGCCGUUUUCAUUCUGUGAGAACGACAUAGCCCGGCGAUUUACCACUCUGGGGACCAUCAGCGUGAAGCCACUCAUGAAAUGGAAGCAUGCCAUGUGUCGCUGGAUGGAAAGCAAGAUAUCCGAGACGCUGCCCGAGUCGUUUGCAAUCGUCUAUGACGGAUGGACCAGCGGCUCGACUCACUACGUCGCUAUGUUCGCUACCUUUCCCAAUAAUUCCCACCGAGGGUACGAGAAGGUUCUCUUGGCAAUGUCGCCAAUGAACGAAGAGGACUCGCUGAGCGCAGCGGCACAUGUUCAGUACCUUAACUUUGUUUUGGGCGUCGGAAGUUCCGACGCUGAGGCUUCAGCAUUUUUUGCAGCGAAGCGUCGUUCGGCAAUGCUCAACAUCGAGCUCGAGAUUGAAACAAAACGGCAAAAAUUGGUGGCACUGCGUCGGGCGCAAAAUGAACCGAGUCCAAUACUGCAUCCGUCGCCAACGGUCGAUUCAGAUGACGAAACAAGCGCUGCAUGUCAGGACGACAUCCUCCAUUGCAUCCUUGCUCCAGCGUCGGCAGGGAUUCGUGAGAAUGUGCCAGCGAGCUUGCAGCAUGCCAAACAUCCGCUCUACGUCUUUACGACGUGA